AUGCCUGGCUUGGUGGAAACACAAGGUGUUCCGCCUUCUUCAGGGCUGGGGUAUUCAGUUAGCCAUCAGAAAGUCGAGCUUGAUAUCGACUUAGCCAGCCGAAGCCUGAAAGGCAAAACAGAGAUCACCAUACAUCCGCAUCACAAGGAUCUGAAGCUCGUCCAUCUGAAUUUCCGGCAGGGCCAGCUCAAGCGCAUCACUGUGGGUGGGAAGACAGCUACCUCGAAAUAUGUCGACCCCUACGAGACACUACAACUAUAUGGUGUCCAGUACCAUCGAAAACUCUCCUCGAAGCUGGAUGCCUUGUCAAAAACACCACCCGAGCCAGAGUUGGUGAUCACUAUUCCGAAAGCCGUUCGCAUAGAGGAGCUGGAUCCGUUUUCGAUCGAAGCGCAGACCCAACUGUCGUUACGAGCUACUUCGGGUGGUGCUAGUGGGACUGGCGGCGUGGAUGAUACGGUAGAUGGCAGCCGUGCUACGGAGGCCUCGCUUCCGAGGUUUACGGCAAUAACGAUAGCCAUAGAAUUUAUGAUCGAAAAACCAAGAGAUGGAAUCCAGUUUGUGGGCGUCGAAAACCGUGACUUGCGGUAUCCCCAUGCGUUCACCGCUAACUCUUCGGAUACCGGGGAAUCCUGUUGCUUGUUUCCGUGUGUGGAUGAUAUGUCUUCUCGAUGUACAUGGGAUGUCUCAAUAAGAUGCCCUCGGACGCUGGGUGAUAUUUUUUCCAAACCAUCUGACAAUGUACAUGUUAAUGGGACUAGCAGCCGGACAACCAGCUCAAAGAAGGUUGGACUUUCCGCUGAAGAUGCGGCGUUGGAUAUGGUUGUCGCAUGUUCGGGAGAUAUGACGGAUGAGAUCAUCGACCCCAAAGACCAAGCUAGGAAGACGGUGUCGUUCUCAUGUAAUUCGCCACUAUCAGCUCACCAGAUAGGAUUCGCUGUUGGACCGUUUGAAUAUGUUAACCUGUCCCAAUUCCGUGAAAGUGACGAAGAUGAUCAACUCGGUGCCAAUGCGGUUCCUGUCCAUGCUUUCUGCCUCCCUGGAAGGGCGGAUGAAGUGAAAAACACAUGUUUACCGAUGGCCAAAGCUGUCGAUUUUAUUUCAUUGACUUAUGGCUCCUAUCCAUUUGCCAGUUUUAAGUUAUGCUUUGUUGAUGACCUCCGGAGAGAUACGCUGCCUGCAGCAGGCUUCUCAAUAUGCAGUGAUCGCAUACUCUUCCCUGAGAACAUUAUCGACAUGAUGUAUGAAUCGACAAGGUGCCUAGUGCAUUCAUUAGCAUACCAAUGGGUCGGUAUCAAUAUCAUUCCGAAUGAGCCAACAGAUACCUGGGUGGUUACAGGUAUAGCCUACUACAUCACGGAUACAUUCAUGAAAAAAAUUGGGGGAAACAACGAAUAUAGGUAUCGACAAAAACUGCUGGCAGAUAAAGUGUGCGACUUGGAUGUUUUGCGCCCGUCUUUGUGGGAUAUGGGGGCUAUUCUCAAAAUUGAUCCCUCUGAGAUGGAGUUUAUAUCCUUGAAAGCGCCUCUUGUCCUCUACAUUCUUGAACGUCGGCUCUCCAAGGCAAGUGGUAAGGCAACGGUGUCUCGGAUUAUAUCUCGAAUCUUCCUAAACGCACGAAUGGGCGAUCUUCCCAAUUGUGAGCUUACAUCGGCAUACUUUCAAAAACUCUGUGAACGCAUGGGUCAUACGAAGUUGGAUGCGUUCUUCAACCAAUGGGUUUAUGGUGCUGGCUGCCCGAGAUUCACUGCCAGUCAGAGAUUUAACAAGAAGAAACUUGUGGUCGAAAUGAUGAUUUCCCAAGUCCAAACGGAACAUAUGAGUGCCCGUGAUCUAGAACGGUCUACCUUCAUGAGAGACGUCAAAGAAGAGAUACGCAAUAUCUAUGCAGGUACCGUACAGCAUGUGUUUACAGGUUCUAUGACCAUUCAAAUUCACGAAGCAGAUGGAACACCUUAUGAACAUAUUGUCGAGAUCAAAGAGGCAGUCACAAAGUUUGACAUCCCUUAUAACACAAAGUAUAAGCGUCUGAAGCGAAAUAGGCGCCAGAAAGAACGAGCAGCGGCGAUGUCUGGUAUUGACCCUAAUAGUGAAGCUCAAGAUGACGUCUUGCUUUAUUGUUUGGGAGAUGUGCUGCAAUCAGAUGAAGAUAUGGAAAAAUGGAAGCUUGUUGAGUGGACCAAGGAAGACGAGAGCCGAAUGGGACAGGAAUCCUACGAAUGGAUUAGAAUGGAUGCCGACUUUGAAUGGAUAUGUAAAAUGUCCCUUGGUAUGCCUGGAUAUAUGUACCUGUCCCAGCUGCAACAAGAUCGUGAUGUUGUUGCUCAACUCGAGUCUAUACAACAUAUGGCUGCGCAGCGAGAGCACGCCCUUAUAUCGACCAUCUUUGUUCGGACAAUUCUGGAUCGCCGAUAUUUCCAUGGAAUCCGAACAGCUGCUACCAAAGCACUUGUCAAACAUGCCAAACAAGAAGUUGAUUGGAUUGGCCUAUUUCAUCUAGAAAACGCCUUCCAAGAAUUAUAUUGUCUUCCAAACUCGACAAUGGUUCGUUCAAAUGACUUUUCAGACCGAGCGUCUUACGCAGUGCAACUUGCACUUAUUGAGGCUAUUUCGGAGGUAAGAGACGAUGACGGUAAGACACCAGUAAGGGUGAAGCAAUUUCUCUAUGAUAAACUAAAAUUCAACGACAACUCCAAUAAUGAGUUUUCCGACUGUUUUUACAUAUCGACUCUUCUUAAAUCUAUUUGCAACGCAUUACUUGGCAAGAGAGAGAGAAGUGCCAACGAUAUGGAUUUCGACAUUAACAGAGAAAUUGAACGCCAAGCAGAGGAGCAGCUGGAUAAAGACUGCAUUGCUGAGAUUGACCGAUAUCGACGGAUUGAUGAAUGGGCUGGUUCAUUUAGAAACAUCUUCUCGAGGACGUCACUCGAAUGCCAAAAACGACUUAUGAAGGCUAAAUUACUCCAGGUUGACCUUGUCCAGUUCGUUCAAUACACGCGUGCCGGGGUUCUGGAAGAAUUGAGGCUAAAGGCAUUCGAAACUUUGCUGGAAUUUCGGUUGUUCGAACAUCCAGAGCUGAUAACUUGGUUCAUCUACAACAUGUCCACUGACGCUUCACCCUAUAUUCGACGCAACCUUUACCGCCUAUUCAGCGAAGCACUCGCAACUAUAGCGUUUGGCACUGAAUCUGAACCUUCCGGUUCUUUUGCGGGUAACUCGCUCGUCAUCGAGCAGGAAUCCUCGACUGAAGCUCGACAGGGCCAAUUAGCAAGAAGGCAAACGAUACCUGGAGCUUUAGAUGCCCUAAAACAAGAACUUGGCUCAAAUAAAGCUUUAAAGGAGGCACUAUGGGCGGCAUGCAACUCUCCACGAGCGAGCCUCGCAGAGCUAUGCGACUUCGUCUAUGCUGUUGGUGCCUUGUACCAUCCCGUUGAACAAGCAAUGGCCCGCUUGAAGUUGCCUCGUUACUGGAAAACGCAACAUUUGGGAAAUGGCAAAAUGAAGUUUUGGAAAACCAAUACCUUCCGCACACGCCCAAUGGGCAGCACAACCACAUCAAUCACAUCAAAGACGACUACCGCUGCGCCUUCAUCUACUCAGCCUGUGAAAAGGAAGCGUGAACAAGAUACUAAUGGCGCCACUCCACCUCUCAGCCAUAAAGUGACUCUCAAGAUCCCUAAACUGGGCACCGUGUGUUCCGCGUCAUCACAACCAUCACCAUCUUCUACCACCACUGUCAAGCCAAAAAUUAAAUUGAAGCUCAAGGCCAAAAGCUCAAGUUUUUCUCCCGCCCCGUGA